AUGGACGCCGUCUCCACGGCGCCGUGGUGGCUGCAGGCCAGCGUCGCCGCCGCCGUCUUCGCCUACCUGCCGUCGUACUGGUCCUUCAAGGAGCUCGCGCCCGGCGGCGACUGCCGGCGCGGCUUCCAGUGCUGGGCCGGCUGGCGCGCCGUCGCGUCGUUCCUCUUCGGCGAGGCGAGGCUCGUCGUCGAGGCGCCGGAGAAAUUGAAAGCCUGCCCGCAGGGCAUCCUCGCCGUCGCGCCGCACGGCGUCGUCAGCUUCAACCACGCGCUCUACAUGACGGACUGCGCGGGCUGGUUCGGCGACGGCGUCUGGCCGGUCGACCGGCGGGAUCUGGCCGCGUCCUUCGUCUUCAAGGUGCCGCUCUACCGCGAGUUCCUGCUCUUCCUCGGCAACGUCGACGCGUCGCGGCGCGUCGCGCGGCGCGUGCUCGGCUCCGGGCGGUCGCUCUUCGUCUACCCCGGCGGCGAGGCCGAGCAGAUGCGCGCGGCGCCGGGGCGGCACAUCGCCUACUGGAAGACGCGCAAGGGCUUCGUGCGCCUCGCCGUCGAGGCGGGCGUCCCAAUCAUUCCGUCCUACGCGUUCGGCGAGAACGAGCUCUACGCGCCGUUGCCGCUGGCGACGGGGCUCCGCCUCUGGAUCUGCCGGAAAUUCCGCGUGGCCCUGCCCCUCGGCGUCGGCCGCUGGUG